AUGCUGUUUCCAAACCUCCUUGCCCUUGUGGGUACAGUCGCUGCUGUCCAACAAGGCUUCAAUUAUGGGUCGACCAACAAUGAUGGAUCUCCGAAGCUACAGCAAGACUUUCAGAACGAGUUCACUCGUGCGAAGAACUUGCAGGGCACGUCCGGGUUCACUUCAGCCAGGCUUUACACCAUGAUCCAAGGUGGUACUGCCAACACCGUCAUCUCUGCAAUCCCAGCUGCUAUCAACACCCGCACCGGCCUUCUGCUCGGCUUGUGGACGAGUGCCGGUCAGUCGAACUUUGACAAUGAGAUCAUUGCUCUCAAGCAAGCAAUUGAGCAGUACGGCAACGCAUUCAUCGAGCUUGUCGAGGGCAUAUCGGUCGGAUCUGAGGAUUUGUAUCGCAUCAGCCCUACUGGCAUAAUCAACAAGAGCGGCGCAGGUGCCAACCCCGACGAUCUCGUCAAGUAUAUCCAACAGGUCCGAAAUGCAAUUUCGGGUACGCCUGCGGCGAGCAAGCCCAUAGGCCAUGUAGACACAUGGACCGCUUGGGUCAAUGGCUCCAAUGCUGCUGUCGUGAAUGCUGUGGACUGGCUCGGCUUCGAUGGCUAUCCAUACUUCCAGAACACUCAGGCGAAUGGAAUUGAGAAUGGCGCCGAGCUGCUUUUCGAGUCGUACAAUGCCACUGUCGCUGCUUCACAAGGCAAACCCGUCUGGAUCACUGAGACCGGAUGGCCAGUAUCUGGACCGACAGAAAACCAGGCCGUAGCCUCGCCGGAGAAUGCUGCUCGCUACUGGCAGGAUGUCGCAUGCCGCGUUCUUGGAAAUAUCCCGACCUACUGGUACACGCUUCAGGAUGCGUAUCCUUCGACUCCCUCGCCAUCAUUUGGUAUUGUCGGCCAGGAUCUGAACAGUGCCCCUUUUUACGAUUUGAGCUGCAAGAAUAGCAACGCUUCGCCCAAAGCUUAUGGGACUUCCUACAACGGCACGAUCAGCCCGACCGUGAGCAGCAUUUUCAAUUUCGACAUUCCUGCAAGUUACGCCGGAAAGACCUGUUCCUUGGUGUUCUUGUUCCCGGAGAUUUCGCACCUCGAGACCUCGUCGUACUCGUUCAACAACAAAGGUGGACUCGCCAUUGCUGGAUUGGUGGCGCCCGCGACCGAGCAAACCAGCUUCAGCUCCGUUCCUGCGACCAAUGGCCAAAAGGCAUCCAUUGAGAGAGUCGUUCCGGGCAACAACUACUCCGUCCUGACUCAGAAGUGUCCAGCUGGACAGAGGAUCAGCUACACGUUCUCGAGUGCAGGCGGCUUAGACGUCAACUUCUUCCAGGACUAUAACCCCUCUCCUCUCGGAGUGUACGUUGCUGUCUGUUGA